UUUCUUUUCUUAUGUCUAUUUUUGUUUCUAUUUAUUCCCACUUCACAGCAUUUGUACUCCUUUAGUUACACAUCAGUAUUUCUAUGUGUGUGUGUGACUGAAAUGAAUAACCCUAUACUGUUGUUGAAAAGCAGCCAAUGCGUGUUUUGUUAAGGUGUGGAUGCAGUUUGCGGCACUAAUAAUUACUUUCCAACCUUUCCAAAAAAAAAACAACAACAAAAAAACACCUUGUUUAUGGCAAAGGUGUCUGCAGACUGUGGUGAGCUGGCAGUGGGAGUGAGAGAGAGGAAGAGAGACACUGGAAACACAAUCGCCUAAUCUUCUAAUGUACGUCGGCACUUUGAUGCAGUUGAAGGUGUUUUCAGGCGGGACAAGGGUUGGACAUUACCUCACUCUGAGCGCUUUCCGCGGGAGAGAAACGAGCGAGUAAUUAGCUGAUUACAGGCCCGUCAGAUGCAGCUCUGCCUCCAUCCAAUCCCUGCUCAUGCUGCUCGUGCAGGACGGCCUUCAGUCAGUGUGUCAGCAAUGGGGAGGAGAAGGAUGGAGACACACACACAUACGCACGGUACUAGGUUAAAUUAAGAUUAAAGAGCAGGAGGGACGCGAUGCUGCUGAGUGACACGUGCGGAUUCAAGGAAGCGCGCAUGCAAAAUAGUUUUUUUUUUAAAAAUAAAUGAGUAUAAUAAUAUGUCUUUUUAAGCAUUUUACAGCUUUAUUUUAAGCUGAUCCAUGUGGGCUUUUAUGAAAUAAUAAGGACAAGAGCAGAGUUUGUGUUUUGAGGCUCCGCUCUCUGCGCGCUGACGCACGGCACAGGUGUGCGCACCCGUCCAGCCCUUUGAAGCCGCCAUGGAGAAAUCCAAAAACUUCAGAAUCGACGCCCUGCUCGCGGAUGAGACCAACCGGUGCGGCAGAGACCUCUCCCCGGGUCAGAGCAGCGACAGCCCCGCGGGCAGUCCGCUCUCCUGCCGCCGCGCGGACACCCCGUCCCCGCGCGCAACGCAACUCCAGAACGGAAUAAUCCCCAAAGCGGGCCUCCUCAGUCUCCCGCAUCCAGGACUCGCGUCACUACAACAGGGCGCCAUCCACGGCAUGUACCCGGCACCCAUGUAUCCACUGUCGGCGCUGAGUGCUGCAGGCCAGCACCCCGCCUUCACCUACACCGGUUUCACGCAGCUGACGCAGAGUUACCCGGAUCACCUGAAGGCUGCGGCCAUGGCUGGACAUUUGCCGCUGGAGCACUGGAUCCGCGCGGGCAUCAUGAUGCCACGACUGCCGGACUACAGCACAGGCCCUCAGUCCGGUCUGCUGGGAAAGUGUCGGAGGCCUCGCACGGCGUUCACCAGUCAGCAGCUGCUGGAGCUGGAGAACCAGUUCAAACUCAACAAGUACCUGUCCAGACCCAAGCGCUUCGAAGUGGCCACCUCGCUCAUGCUGACUGAAACACAGGUGAAGAUCUGGUUCCAGAAUCGCAGGAUGAAGUGGAAGCGCAGCCGGAAGGCGAAGGAGCAGGCCAGCGCGUCAGCUCAGUCUGACGCCGAGCGACUGCGCAGCGGAGGAAAGACUGCCAAGGACAAAUCUGCCGAGAGCAGGCGAGCUCCCAGUCCUGAUGACGGCGGGAUAAACCUCGACAUGGAGGACGGGGAAGAGGAGGAGGAGGAGGAAGAGGAGGAGGACGAGGACGAGGAGGAGGAGGAGGAAGAGGCGGGAGGCAGGCACGCUUUCCCCGUUGCCAUGGGCAACGGCGUGGGGAUGCCUCGACCCACAGACUUCUUGCAGCGCGGCACAGAGGUCGGCUACAAUCCCCACAGCCCUUUCUCUGACGAGGAGCUGGACGGAGUGCAAGUGGGAGCAGGCGACAGGAAGAUUGGAGCUGGACUGUGAGGACGGAGACAUUGCGCUGGGACACUGGGACACUGGGACAGUGGGACUCACUUCCAAAACUGUGAAUGUGACACCAAACACACACACAGGACUGUGGUACAAAUAUAUUGUGUACAUUUCAUAGCAUGCUAAAAA